CCGAGUGUCGGUCUGACGGCACAGGGCAGGGGGGCGGGGCCAGGGUUAAACCUGGCGGCGAUUGGCUAGGCGCCUGCCGGUCGGGCUGAACCUGCUCUUUGAUUGGUCCGCACGGAUGUCAAUCAAAGCCCUCCCUCCGGAGUGGGGACAAGUUUGGUGUCUGGCUGGCGUGGGGCCCCGAAACCUUCAGACCCAGCUUCUGCCCUGCAGACUCUCCGCUCCUUCGACAGAGAAGUUGGGACGCCCUGGAGCGGUUCAGCAGACCCGACAGCUUUCCACUUCUGUGAAUUGAGGGUCCUGUCGUUCCGGAAUGUUCACAAGCUCUCCCUCCAUAUCCUGAACCCAGUGCGGGGGGUAGGGGGCAAUUCUUGCUCUAACUUAGAUGGCCAAGAGGCAAAUGAAUAAAUGCACUGUCCACCAAUGCUGUGUCUUACCACAGUUAACUACAUGACCAAUGAAUUCCGUCUCGCCUUCCUCCGCUCAGUACAUCCAAAGCCGGGAAGACUUGCGUCCGUCAGACUCAAUAAGGCAAUUGCUUCCAGGACCCAGUGAUCAUGAGAAUCGCUGGAACAGCCAUUGUAGUUCAGCAGAGAAGCCUCAACAGAACGAACCAGAUGAGGUGGACAAGAUUAAAGCUAAACUGAUGACAGCAUGGAAUAAUGUCAAAUAUGGUUGGGUGGUGAAAGGGAGAACAAACUUCAGCAAAACGUCCCCGAUUUUCCUUCUGGGACGGUGCUACUGCUUUGAGUCAGAAGCAGCUGAUUCACCACCAAACUUAGACGCAAGUUAUGAGACAAGCAACAACCAAAAUUCCCCUCCUACCUCGGUGGAAUUAUUCCGGAAGGACUUUGCUUCACGCAUCUGGCUGACGUACAGGCGUGAAUUUCCUCAACUGGAGGGUUCUGUGUGGACGACGGACUGUGGCUGGGGUUGCAUGUUACGCAGUGGGCAGAUGUUAUUGGCUCAAGGACUUCUUGUUCAUCUUCUGUCUCGAAACUGGACCUGGCCUGAUGUGUUACUGUCUGUUGAAUCAGAAGCUGAGUCCAGAGCACCAUCCAAAUCAAACGCUUUAAAUUGGCCAAUCUUCUCUGAGGUUCUUGGCUCGCAAUUGGACAGAAGUAGAAGCCUCAGGGAUACGCAGAGAACCACUAUGACACAAACAUAUGCACAAGCAUGGAGGCAGGCCAACAUUGACCAGUACACUAUGGAUGAAGAGGAAUUGGAGCACCGGAAAAUCAUCUCCUGGUUUGGAGAUCACCCCAAAGCUCCAUUUGGAGUACAUCAGUUGGUGGAAUAUGGGAAGAGAUCUGGCAAGAAGGCUGGGGACUGGUAUGGCCCAUCCAUUGUAGCUCACAUAAUCAAGAGGGCAGUAGAAAAAGCUGAAGACACUGAAUCUCUUAACAUUGCUGUCUAUGUAGCACAGGACUGCACAGUGUACAAAGGAGACGUGCUGAAUCUCUGUGAGACACAGUUAAAGGGUGGAAUAGUUCCUGGUUUUGAUUGGAAGUCCGUUAUUAUCCUGGUGCCUGUUCGACUUGGAGGAGAAAAUCUCAAUCCAGUGUACAUGCAGUGUGUGAAGGAGAUUCUGAAGCUUGAAUGUUGCAUUGGAAUCAUCGGUGGGAAACCCAAGCACUCACUUUACUUCAUUGGCUUUCAAGAUGAUUUCUUGCUGUAUUUGGACCCUCACUACUGCCAGCCUGUUGUGGAUGUAACUAAACGUGACUUUCAGUUGGAGUCAUUUCAUUGCAUCUCUCCAAGAAAGCUGUCCUUCAGUAAGAUGGAUCCCAGCUGUACCAUAGGGUUUUAUGCAAAGACGAAGGGGGAUUUUGAAAACUUGUGUAAAAAUGUCACAAUGGUAUUGAGCUCCUCAUCUGUGAAAGAGAAGUACCCUAUUUUCACCUUUGCAGGGGGCUGUGCUCAGGAUUAUAGUCUGGAUGAACUCUGCACUCGCAAACCGGAUAAAACUGUGCUAAUCUCUAAGUCUGGAAGACCAGGGAAGUCAAAGCAGAACAGCACUGAUGAAUUUGUCUUCCUGUAAUGAGCAAAUGGACUCAGUUAGAUAUCUGUGCCUGCUAUAUUUCAGCAGGGAAUAAACUGGGAGCCUCUGAGUGUUCCUAUAUUUAAA